UCUCCGCUCCUGCCUCAGCCUGGAGAAAUACCCUCCCUGGACAUCUAGGAGCUCCAGACCCACCGCGGCCCCGGGCGGAGAGGUGGGGGCUCAGGAGGAGGGGCACACGGGAUUCGGGCCCAGCGCCGAGGGCGGGUCCGAGGCUGGGGGCCCGGAUUGGGAGCCGAGUGUUGGGGUCCAGGCGGCUGCCAAGCCGAACGCAGCGGGACCGCCCCAGCCGGCCGGACAUGAAUUCUGAACGCGAGCCCCGAACACCCCGGACACUCUUCAGCAUCGCAGACAUCCUAGCCCCGCGCAUGGUCCCUCGAGCACCCUCUAUGCCGCAGCUUCCAGAGUCAGAUCCAGGUCCAAUGUCGCCGCUGUGCGCGCUGGAGGAGCUAACGAGUAAAACUUUCCGCGGAUUUGACGUGCGCGCUCCGCAGCCCUCUGAAGGCAGGGCAGCCCCGGACGCGUUGGGCCCUGGCCCGGCCGGCCGCAAACGGCGCAAGUCACGCACGGCGUUCACCGCUCAACAGGUGCUGGAGCUGGAGAGGCGCUUCUUCUUCCAGAAGUACCUGGCGCCGGCCGAGCGAGACGGGCUAGCUACACGACUCGGCCUGGCCAACGCACAGGUGGUGACUUGGUUCCAGAACCGGCGAGCCAAACUCAAGCGUGACGUGGAGGAGAUGCGCGCCGACGUCGCCUCGCUACGCACGUUGUCUCCCCAAGUCCUGUGCAGCUUAGCACUGCCCGACGGCACUUCAGACCCCGGCCUCCGCCCGCGUACUGCCGGACCUGACACCAGGCUUCAGCCGUCAGACGAGGAGAUACAGGUGGACGAUUGAAGACAGAGCCGCCGCCAACCCUGGGUUCUGCGGUCCCGGACUCCUCACCUCGAGCUCUGCCUCUUGUCCGAGUUCCAGGGUGGAGGAAGGUCUACUUGGGCCUUUUCCCACCCAGUCUAGCUGCUCACCUUUCCCGGAUUUUUGAAAGUCUGUUUGAGACCAGGCCUCGCUCUGUCCCCCAGGCUGGAGUGCUGUGGAGCCAUCACCACUCACUGCAGUCUCAACGUCCUGGGCUCAAGCAAUUUUCCUGCCUCAACCUCCCAAGUAGCUAGAAUUACAGGCGUGUAGUAUCAUGCCAGGCUAAUUAAAAAAAAAAAAAAAAAAAAAGAAUUUUGGAGAAGAGGCCCCGCUACGUUGUCCAGGAUACCUUUCCCAGUAUCUGAGAAUAAAGUUGAGACU